AUGCAAAUGAAUUCUUAAUUGUAUUAGAUCAUUCCUCAAUAAAUCAAGAGAUACAGCUUUUGCCAAAAUGUAAAAUAUGCAAUCAAACUGGAAGAUUCAAGUAGCAGGGCAUAUUUGAAGAAUGAGCAGCAAAUACUAAAGCUGCUUAAUGAAUCUCAAGCUUAGAUUGGUCAAAAAUCAUUUUUCCCAAAAUUCUUCGAAUCUGGAUUUAUUAAGCCUUUCAACUAUAUAGUUAUGGAAUAUCUAGAUGAACAAAUUAAGUUGGAUAUUAGAAAUUCAAGUGAAAUAAAGGAGUUGACUAAAUAAUGCUUCCAAGCAAUAAGAGCUUUCCAUAGUAUUGGAUACAUUCAUAGAGAUGUUAGACUAGAAAAUUUUCUCUAGCAAAAUGGUUAGCUUUAUCUCAUUGAUUUUGGAUCUGCCUCUGAAUAUAUGAUUGAUAACACAUUAAAACCCCUUGUAUUUAAUUAGUAAUAAGAAGUCAACAUGAUUACUGCUUCUUUUAAUUCUCUUGCUGGAUUUUAAAGUGGAAGAAUCGAUGAUUAUAUUUCAAUCAUAAAUAGUAUGCUGCUAAUUUGUUAGUAGGAUAGUCCACUGCGUUUCAAUUUACCUGAUUUAAAUGAUGAUGUAAUGAGAGGUUUAGUUUAUUAGUAGAGAUUACAACUAAGGGAGGAAGAUUUUGAUAAUGAUUGUGGUAAAAGACUUUUUAGAAUUCAUAAGCUCUUAGUGGAGACCUAUUUCGAUUAGUACAAUGAAAUUCAUCUUAAAGAUUUUGAGAUUGACUAAUUAAUUGAAAAGAUAGAUGAGCCUAUAGAUCCAUCAAUCAGAGCUAUAUGUAUUCCUUAGAUUGUACGAAUCAAGAAGCCUUUAAAGUCAUCUUUAUCCUCAAAUUAAAUUGUACAAACGGAUAUAAUUUAUAAAUAAGAGACUUGA